CUUCCUUUUGUCCGAUUAGCAAAACGCAACGAAAAACUAAUAUCCCAUCCAAAUUUAAAUCGUGGCCGUUCGCUUGUUUUUAGUUUAUUACUUUAUGCCGAGAAACGCAGUACUUUUAAUUCGUUUGUCCUACGCGAAUUUCAUUUCUACAACUUACUGCAAUGUGCUAGUAAAACUGAACCGAAGAAAUUGAUUAAUUCUACGAGAUAAAGCUGCAGAAAAACCAACAAAUUGAAAACCUAUGCGUGAACGCGUGUGACGACAAAGUGGAGAAGUGCAACCAAUAUAUGAAUAUAUGAAUAGAUAUAGAAAUAGAUGAAUAGAUAAAUAGAAAUCCCAAGUUAACCAAGAUCACCAAAAUAUUUUCAUAAUUUAUAAGAAAUAUUUCAAGUGUGAUACCAAGUUCUGAAACCACUCCAAGCCAAGCAAGCCUACUUUCGAAAACGAAUCAUCCAAGUGCAGAAACUGAAUCAAAUCGAAUUGAUUCGAUUAACAGCUGUGCUGUACACAUGCACCGGUGUGUGUGAGGGGGCGCGCGCGUGUGUGCGUGUACGACGUGAGUGAACCGUGUGUGUGCGGCGCGUAUGUGUUAGUGUUAGUGUGUGUCUCGGUGUUGGUGCUGGUGGCGAAAAUUGAAACGCCCGCUAAACAAAGUCAAGCGCUAGAUGGCGCUGUCGCUGCCGCCUGAGACCAGUGACGUUGUUGUUGUUGUCGUCGGUGUGCCGCACAUUGUUGUAGUUGUUGUUGAUGCUGAUGCUGAUUCUGCAGCAGCAAACAUAACGCGGAAAGUCAAAUUAUAACCGCCCACCAGCCCCCCGCAACACGAAAAACCACCUGGCCACCACCCAAUAAAUUACAAUUUAUCAGCCCAACAAAUCAACAAAAUCAACUCCCCCAACAAAUAAAAUACACAAAAAUUAAUAAAGGAAAAAUAAGUAAUAGUCAGUCAAGAGUUUCGCAUUACCCAUCGUCGGUCGGUUCAAAUUGCGUCGCGGCGCGUCGCGAACGGUGCUAGUCCUCGGAUCGUAUCGUAUCGUAUCGUAACGGAUCGUAACGGAUCGGAUCGGAACGGAAGCCUAUAGUACGGACGGUUACGGAUCAGAUCGGAUCAGUUGGCAGUCGGUGGCACCUGACAACGCAACGCAACGCUAACCGCUAUUAUGCAUCGGCGUCGUCGGUUGGCCAGUGCAACAAUCGCAUUCGAAUUGGCGGGCGAGCAGCAGCAGCUAAUGCAACAACUGACAGAACUUAAUUAAACUGGCUAAUAACUAAGGCUGUAGACAGUGUAUCGUAGUCCGUAGUGGAUAAACCCCGAAGAAACCGCAAGGUGUAGAGUAACUUUUUUCCGUGACCCCAAAUAAUCCAAGAAUCGUUAGCAAUCCUGGAUUAUUUGCUAAAGACUUUGCGCACGCUGAAAUCCAAUUCGAUUAUGGCCGAGAAUCAAAGUGCGGCCAGCGAAGAUUCCGGUCACCAACAGCAACAGCAACAUCAGCAGCAACAGCAACACCAGCAACAUCAGCAACCACUAGCCACCACAUCAGUCACGGCCGCAUCAACCACAUCGGUCCUCGCUAACCAAUCGCCCACUAACUCGCAGGCCUCAUCCCCUGAAAAUUCCCAGGAAGCACUGCCCUUGCUGCGACGCCAGCAAUCAGCCGCAGCAGCCACAGUAGCAGCCGCCGUCGCAACAGUUGCAGCCACAACCAGCAGCACAUCGCAGCAGCAGCAUCGCAACAGCAUCAGCAACAUGUUCGAUCGCACGGUGAAUGCCAAGUUCAAGCCGGCGUCCUCAAAUGCCGGACCAGGAAACAAUCCGGGACGCCGGAACUCAAUGCUGACACCAUCCCGAGGAGUCAGUAUCGGUGGCGCUGGCGGAAAUAUCCGCAAGCUGACCAAGGUCAGCUCGCUGACCAGCAACCAUCACUUUGCUGUGUGCUAUCCACCCAGCAACAUCUAUCAGAACAGCAACAAUGCCGGCAGCAAUUCGGCUCUGCAGCGCACCACCAGCGAAAGUUUGCGUCUGAACUCGCUGAGUCGCGUGGCAGCUGCCGCGACACCCAACACGGUGUCCAGAGCCAGUAGUAACUCCAGCCUGGCCACAUCCACCUCCACAUCGCUGGCACCCAAGUCCAGCAGCAGCAGUGGUGGCAGCAACUCGACAUCGCAGCAGCAACAGCAGCCGGUGAGCAGUAACAACAGCAGCGGCAGCAGCAACAACAGCUUCACCAAGGCCAGUUCGCCCAACAAUAAUGGAGCACGUUCGGUGGGCGGAGCAGCUGCUGCAGCUGCAACUGGCACAGGCACAGGCACUGGCCCUGCCACUGCCACUGCAGCAGGCAGUCACCACCAUCAGCCACAUCACCACCAUCAUCAUCAUCAUCACCACCAUCAGCAUCACAACCACCAGCAGCAGCAGCAACAGACUAGCCUCAGCCAAGGACACGCCUCGUUAACCGUCGCCGGUGGAUCAGCUGCAGCUGGUGGUGGUGUUGGUGGUAGUGGCAGCUCCUCGGGGACCGCCGCUGGUGGCACCAAUCGCAAACCAAAGACGACUUCCUCAUUCGAGAUCACCUCGGUGACGGUGGGCCAUCCCAAGCUGAAUGCUGCCGGCGAUACUGGGGACGAGUCGGCCGACGAUCUGGACGAAUCUCACACGGAUGACAACAGUCGGAUAACGGACCUGGAGAACGAGACGCCCUCCAUGUCGGAAGACACGUUCUCCAAGGAGGAGGUGUACUAUGCCAACAAUGCCCUCAGCACCAAUGCGCCGGUGAUACCGACUAGCUCGCAAUACGGCCUCGUCGUGGUGGAUCCCAUCGCCCCAUCGUUGGGCCAGACGAUCCAGAACGUCCAGGUCAACGUGUCGGAUAACAUUAUCAAUGUGGUGAGCGGUGCCGUCACACCGGGCGGCACAAAGAAGAAGGACGACAUCAAGGAGACGCAGCACCGCAGCGAGCGGUUCAAGGUGGUCAAAAUUGAGUCCACGGAGCCGUUCAAGCGCGGCCGCUGGAUGUGCAUGGAUUACCUGGAUCACUCGAGUGUGGGUAAUGGCGGUAAUAACAACGAAAAGACUGGCUCUUCUACUUCCGAGGCGCACGCAGCCACAACGGAUGGUGCAGCAGGUGUUGCCGUUGGGUCUGAGGCUCCGCCUCCCGCCCACAAGACCACACAGAGUAUGAUUCUGCCACCCACCCAGAAGCUGAACGAGAACCAUUUGGAGGCCAACUCGACCGAUGCCAACUGGAACUAUGCCGAGCAGCAGCAGCAGCAGCAGCAGCAACAAACAAUAGUUGGCAAUGCCCUGACCAAGACAUUGCCCGUGGCUCUUCGCAACGUGAGUCGCAGUUCCUCGGUAACCCCAAGUCCUAAUGCCUCCGUCGAGUUCUUGUCUCCCAAUUUGCUCGCCCAGCAGCAACAGCAGCAGCAGCAGCUCUUCGACAGCGUCAAUGCCAAUGCUGCCAGUUCACCAAAUCCCGCCGGUGACCCCAACAACAUGGACUAUGCGCGAACGGCGGCGAUGCAGCUGCAUCAAACGUUGCAGCAGCUCAAGCAGCGCGAAGACGCCAUGGACGUGCCGCCAGGGGGUUAUACGAACUACCAAAACGGUGGAGAUUCCGCUGGUGGGGCGGCCAGCAACAACAACAGCGCCGGAGCAGCAGCUGGAGAGUCGCAGCUGAGCACCAGUUAUGUUGAGCAGCAGCAGCCAUUAUCCCCAGCACCAAUAACGCCCCAGGCCGCACCCACAUUCGCGGCUGUUGCUGCCGGGCAGUCGCCCAACUUCCAAUUGGAGACACAACAACAACAGCAGCAGCAACAGCAGCAAGCUACAUCCCAGAUAGAUGGAAUAGUCCCACAGCCAUUUAACCCACAACAGCAACAGCAGCAGCAGCAACAGGCCCCACAGCAAUCAACAGCUCAGCAAGCAGCAGCAACUGCAACAUCUGCAGUGGCUGCCGUACCACCACAACAGACUUCAAACACUUCCAAUGCAGCGGUAACCACUGGCCAGGGCCAGACAAUGCCGCUUUUAUCACACAUGACCAGCUACGAGCAGCAGCAGCCUAAUCUGGGAGCAGCAGCAACAGGAGGCACAGCAGCAACAUCGGUGGCUGCACCGCAAGCGAUUCCCACGAUGCAAUUGCAGAGUGCUCCCUCUACGAUUGCCGAUCCGCAGCAACUGAUGGUGCCACAGCAGCAGCAGCAACAGCAGGAGGAGCAGCAGCAACAGCCAACGCAGCAGCAGCAACAACAACAACAACCGCUUCCGCCAGCAAAUAUCGCGAGUGCUAGUGCCAAUAAUAGUAAUCUAAACCUAACGAAUACGAAUGUUGUGGCCAACGCCGAGGCAACAACAAACGCGCUGACCUUGACCGAUGAACAGGCGACCGCGACCGCGGCAGUUGCAGCUGCAGUUGCGACCGGCGCAGCAGCAGCCACGCAGCAGCAAAUCCAACAGCUACAACAGCAACCAAAUGCAGAGUCCGAGACUGAAAGCUCCACCAGCGCCUCGAAUGCCGGCGGCAGUCGGAAGAGGGCCUUUAGCAAUCCGCACAUCGGAGGGCCCAACGACCCGUCCUUCAUGCACCGCCUGAAUCCGCAGCUCUACUACUACAACAAGUCGCAGUCGGGCAGGAGCUCCUUCUGCGUGGACGAGUCGCUGUGGCCCACGCACAACCCCAACGGCGCGGUCAGCGACACGCACCUCUACAUGGGCUCCAGCACGGACGAGGACUACGAGGAGGCCAUCGAUCAGUUCUCGCCCACGCUGUACACCCGCGCGGCCAGUCGUGCCAUCCCCAUACCCAGCAGUGCGGGCAGCAGUCCCCAGCACCACAUCCAGCAUCGUGCGCAGCCGAGGAUCGUUGGCUUGCUGGGCAUCAACCAAGUGGCGGUGGAUCCGGCGAACACGGCUGCUUUCAGCGCCAGUCCCUCGAUCUACGCCUACCCGCACUCGCCGUUCUAUGCCAGUUCGCCGGAAACGUCGUUCUCCAGCGCCGCCUUGCCAGGACAUCCUGCCGCCAGCUCGCGCAUAUCCUUCAGCUACGAUCCUGCCUUCCAGCGCUUGCAAGUGCCCAACGCUUCAGCAUCCGCAUCCGCAUCCCGAUCUCCGCUGGAAUGCGCCACCGUGUUUGCCGCCGUCGCGGCAGCUGCCACUUGCGGUGGUGCAACUGGUGGUGCAGCUGGUGGUGCAGCGGAUACCAUUAUCAGCAGGUCGGUGUGGGUCGAUCAGUCCGCCCUUUUUGGUUGCGGGAUUGCUAACUGCCAUGUCCUACUACUUGUCGCUUGA